AUGAAAGUAAUCGACGACGGUUUCGAGGCCCUCCUCGAGCCGUUCUACAACGGCAAGAGCCUCAGCGAUCCCAUCUCCACCAAGGAGGACAAGUUCCAGCUGCUCCCCGCCUUCCUCAAGGUCAAGGGUCUGGUGAAGCAGCAUAUUGACUCAUACAACUUUUUCGUCGAGCAGGGGAUCAAGGACAUUGUUCGCGCCAACUCGAGGAUUAAGAGUGAUGUCGAGAGCAGGUUUCUUCUCGAAUUCACAGACAUUCGAGUCCUCACGCCGCGCCGCGUAGACUUCGUCGACUACCGAUGCGAUAAUGAAAUCACCCCCAUGGAGUGUCGCCUCCGCGACAUGACCUACGCCGCCCCCAUGGUCGUCGACAUAGCCUAUAUCCGCGACAAAACCCGAGUCAUUAAAAAGGACGUGCCCCUCGGCCGCAUGCCCAUCAUGCUCAAGAGCGCAAAGUGUCGCCUCGCCGGAGCCAACAACGCCCAGAUGGAGGCCAUGAACGAGUGUCCGCUGGACCCUGGAGGCUACUUCAUCAUCGGCGGGACGGAAAAGGUCAUUCUGAUCCAGGAGCAGUUGAGCAAGAACCGAGUCAUUGUCGAGGCGGACGAGAAGAACCAGAUCAUUCAGGCGUCGGUUACUAGCUCGACGCAUGAGCGCAAGUCUAAGACGUAUGUCCGGCUCAAGAAGGAGCGCAUAUACCUGACUCAUAACGUCUUAGUGGAGGAUGUGCCCAUUAUUAUUGUGCUCAAGGCCCUCAGCGGGCUGUCUGAUGCGGAUAUCGUGAAUUUGGUGGCUGGGUCCAACUCCAAGCUUCAGGACGACUUCCUGGUCAACUUUGAGGAGGCGACAAAGGCCGGCAUCAUCAGCCAGCAGGAUGCCCUCGAGUACAUCGGUUCCAAAGUCAAGAUGGGCUCGAGAAGGGGUCAAUUCGGGUCCCAGCCCCGAAGGAACCACGCGGAAGAAGCCCUCGACGUGCUUGCCAAUCUAGUAGUUGCCCAUGUGCCCGUCACCGGGCUCGAGUCCAACACCAAGGCCGUCUACCUCGCCUUGAUGGCGCGGCGCGUGCUCCUCGCUGCGCGCGACCCGCGUCUCGUCGAUGAUAGGGACUUCGUCGGAAACAAGCGACUCGAGCUUGCCGGCCAGAUGUUGACGCUCCUUUUUGAAGACUUGUUCAAGAGGUUCACGAGCGAGGUCAAGCUCAACAUCGACAAGUUCCUUAAAAAGAACAACCAGGCCGUGGCGUUGGAUCCGGCGAAUAUGAUUCGCAACCAUGCCAACACCAUCGGCCAGGGGCUCAACCGAGCUAUCCAGACGGGAAACUGGACGGUAAAGCGAUUCAACAUGAAUAGGGUCGGUGUGACCCACGUCCUCAGUCGCCUCAGUUACAUCAGCGCUCUGGGAAUGAUGACUCGCAUCAGCAGUCAGUUCGAGAAGACGAGGAAGGUCAGCGGUCCUCGAGCCCUUCAGCCCUCUCAGUGGGGUAUGCUCUGCACGUCAGAUACCCCCGAAGGUGAGGCGUGCGGUCUCGUGAAGAACCUUGCGCUGAUGACUCACAUUACUACUAAUGAUGAUGAGGAGCCAGUGCUCGAGGGCAUCUUCAUGGAUGACGAUGUGGAUUCCCUCAAGACCAUUGGCGGACAGGACCUACAUGAUAAGGUCCACGUAAUUCACCUAAAUGGUACACCUAUUGCAACUACGAAAACCCCAGACACCGUCACGGCGAGGCUUCGGCGUCUAAGGCGGAAGGGCGCCAUCUCGCCGUUCGUCAGCGUCCACACAAAUUCUCACUACAAUGCCGUCCAUAUCGCCACGGACGAAGGGCGUAUCUGCCGGCCCUACAUUAUUGUCACGAACAAAAAGUCGAGGCUGAAGCCCCAGCAUCUUCGGCUCCUCCAGCUGGGCAAGGUUGAGUUUGAUGAUUUCCUCAAGCACGGCGUGGUUGAGUACCUGGACGUCAACGAGAUGAAUGACUCGUUAGUCGCAAUCGAAGAGUCCGACCUUACCAGAGCCCACACCCACCUAGAGAUUGAGCCCUUUACCAUCCUCGGAGCCGUCGCGGGUCUCAUUCCCUUUCCCCAUCACAACCAGUCUCCUCGUAAUACGUAUCAAUGUGCUAUGGGUAAACAGGCCAUCGGAGCCAUUGCAUACAACCAGUUCAACAGGAUCGACACUCUGUUGUACACGCUCGUCUAUCCCCAGAGGCCUAUGGUGAUCAGCAAGACUAUAGAGCUGAUCCACUACGACAAGCUGCCGGCCGGACAGAAUGCCACCGUCGUCGUCAUGUCCUAUUCGGGUUACGAUAUCGAGGACGCGCUCGUGCUCAACAAGGCCGCCAUCGACCGCGGCUACGGACGCUGCCAAGUCUUCCGUAAAUACACGACGGAGCUCCAAAAGUACCCCAACGGCCGACGCGAGCAGCUCGGCAGGCCUCCGCGGGACGACGGUUCGGGCGGCGCCGCCGGCGUGCGCGAGGGUAAGUACAACGCGCUAGACGCCGACGGGCUCGCCACCGUCGGGUACCGCAUCAAGGCGGGCGAGACUAUGAUCAUGAAGCAAACGCCGCUGGACCUGGCGACGACGGGCAUAGGCCUCGACCGCGGCCCGAGCGAGUUCCGGGACUCGUCGAUCAACUACAAGAUCGCGGACCCGGCCUACAUCGACAAGGUCAUGCUGUCGCACACGGAAAAGGAAACGACGGUCAUCAAGAUCCAGACGCGGCAGACUCGACGGCCCGAGCUGGGCGACAAAUUCUCCUCGCGCCACGGACAGAAGGGAGUCGUCGGCAUCAUCGUCGACCAGGAAGACCUGCCCUUCUCGGAUCAGGGCAUCGUACCGGAUAUGAUUAUGAACCCCCACGGUUUCCCCUCCCGAAUGACGGUCGGAAAGCUCCUCGAGUGCCUUACGGGUAAAGCUUCGAUCAUCCACGGACGCAAAGACUACGGCUACGGCGACGCCUUCCGCUCCCACCCCGUCGAGGAAAUGAGCCAAGUCCUCAUCGACCACGGCUUCUCGUGGGAAGGCAAAGACUACUUCACCUCGGGCGUCACCGGCGAGCCCCUCGAAGCCUACAUCUUCAACGGCCCCAUCUACUACCAGCGCCUCAAGCACAUGGUCCAAGACAAGAUGCACUCCCGAGCCCGAGGCCCCCGUGCCAUCUUAACCCGCCAGCCCACCGAGGGUCGUUCUCGCGACGGCGGCCUCCGCCUCGGCGAGAUGGAGCGCGACUGCCUCAUCGCGUACGGCGCCUCGCAGCUCCUCCUCGAGCGGCUCAUGAUCUCGUCGGACGCCGUCGACAUCGACAUCUGUCAGGAGUGCGGGCUCUUCGGGUAUAAGGGGUACUGCCAUACGUGUAGGAGCACGGCGAGCGUUACGAAGAUGACGAUGCCUUAUGCGGCCAAGUUGCUUGUGCAGGAGUUGAUUAGUAUGAAUGUUGGAGUUAGGUUGAAGCUGGAGGAUGAGUUUCCGCAUCCGAAGAGGUGA